GCAAUGGAGGCCAACAUGCCGAAGCGGAAGGAGCCUAGCAAGUCCCUGCGCAUCAAAGUCAUCUCCAUGGGCAACGCCGAAGUGGGAAAAAGCUGUAUUAUAAAGCGAUACUGCGAGAAGAGAUUUGUGUCUAAAUACCUGGCAACAAUUGGAAUUGACUAUGGAGUCACAAAGGUACAAGUCAGAGACAGAGAAAUCAAAGUUAACAUCUUUGAUAUGGCUGGACAUCCCUUCUUCUACGAGGUCCGUAAUGAGUUUUACAAGGACACACAGGGUGUGAUACUGGUCUACGAUGUUGGGCAGAAAGACUCCUUUGAUGCUCUUGAUGCAUGGCUAGCAGAAAUGAAGCAAGAGCUUGGACCUCAUGGAAACAUGGAAAAUAUUAUAUUUGUAGUGUGUGCCAACAAGAUUGACUGUACCAAGCACCGCUGUGUAGAUGAAAGUGAAGGGCGUCUUUGGGCUGAAAGCAAAGGGUUCCUGUACUUUGAAACUUCAGCACAAACUGGAGAAGGAAUCAAUGAGAUGUUCCAGACCUUUUAUGUAUCCAUAGUUGAUUUAUGUGAAAAUGGCGGGAAACGUCCUAUCGCAAAUAGCAGUGCUAGUUUCACCAAAGAACAAGCAGACACCAUUCGCAGAAUUCGAAAUAGUAAAGAUAGUUGGGACAUGCUGGGUGUCAAACCUGGGGCCUCAAGGGAUGAAGUCAAUAAAGCGUAUCGAAAACUUGCUGUGCUUCUUCACCCCGACAAAUGUGUAGCACCUGGAAGUGAAGAUGCCUUCAAAGCAGUUGUGAAUGCCCGGACAGCCCUGCUGAAAAACAUCAAGUAGAAAGUAGAGGAAAAGAAAGAAGUGUGAGACUGGAGUGCAAGCAGACUCUCCCUAAAGGCGAAGUAGCCAACAUGGAGUUUUCCUUCACGUAAACUCAGUGCUCUUUCACUCAUGUGUUGUCAUUUGUAAAUCAGUAUUUCAGGUGCCUGUUCCCAUUUCAUGGACGUCUUACCGAGAUGACUUGCCUUUGUAUGAAGUGAAGAGAACCAAGAGUCUCUUGUACACUAUACUUAAUUUCAUAUUUCUAGAUCAUCUGAAUUUUUUUCUCAUUCAUUUGUAAGCUUGUAAUUUAUAGCAUCCGUUAGGCAUUUCACCUGGGAGAGUCCCCAAGGUUUCUGGACGGAGGGUGGAAGGACAGGAGGAACCUUUCACUUUUUUCUUUUUUAAAAAAUUCAUCAUCAGAGGAGGAAAUAACAAAAAAUGAAGCAGACAACAUCAGAACCACUGAAAGUUUGGUGUGACCUUAUAAGCAAGUUGCUCCUUUUGCAAUGAUUUCCUUAGGUGGUAUUUUAACCAUCAUCUAUGAUGAAUGAAUCUCAGCAGCCCUUUGGAAGUUGUGAAGUGAGGCGAUACAGUUCUGAAUUGAGUCUCUCUUUUAUGAGUCACUCUGUUCUCCUUCUCCAACCACCAGGGGGAGAGACAAGCCAGUCCUGAGAGAGGAAAGGCAGUGGCAGCCACAAAGUCUGGGUCCACUGGCUGCUGCUCAUCCUUGCCAGAGAAACGGUUGCUGGUAGCGGGAGCCAGCGCUGUGCCCCUGGGAAUGAGGAAUCGGGCCCUGGGAUGGAAGUACUUGCAGGUCACACCUGGAGGUUCCUAGCCCGGGGCAAGUCUGAUGCACCAGGAGAGUCCCUGUGGGAGGCUUACCGCUUUUCUUAUCCCUCCUCAUCUGCCGCAGGCAGGCGGCA